AUGUUUUCGCAUGAUCAAAACAUCGGUAGAUGGCUGCAAGAGUUGGACUCGGAGUCGGAGUUUGAAGGAAGUUGCAAUGAAUUACCAAAUGAAGACUGCAGUGACAUAAAAGACGCUCCUGUAGAUUAUGUAAUUAAUGGCGAAUGUCAGCCAGAAUCGGAAAUAGAACUAAAUGAGUCAGAACAAUCGCGUGAGAAAGAAAACGCGAUCGAGUAUUCGUCUUCUGACGACGAUAUACCACUGGCAAGAAUAAUGAUUCGUCCGCAAGAAGACAACUACAUCCUGAAAUGUCGCAAGCUUUUCAAUCAGUAUUUGGUUGACAUGGAUGCGAAGAUCGAGACAGAACGUCUCAACUUUAUUCGAUUCAACCAAGCGAAAUUGCGUUCUGAAGAGUACAUCCAUUUGAGAGAUGCCGUAAUGAAUCAUGCAAAUGUGAAUAGCAUUGAACGUCUAACAAUAUUGCCAGCCACAUACAUCGGCAGUCCGCGCCAUAUGCACGAGUAUGCGCAAGAUGCGAUGUCGUACGUGCGCCAUUACGGCAGACCGGAUUUGUUCAUAACGUUCACGUGCAAUCCGAAGUGGAAUGACAUCAAAUGCCAUUUGUUCCCCGGUCAAUCAACAACUGAUCGUCACGACUUAACAGCACAUGUAUUCAGGGAAAAGCAAAAAGCAAUGAUGGAUUUAAUUGUGAAACUUCGUGUUUUUGGAGAAGUUAGAUGCUUUCGAAAAAUACGACCAGAUCAGAUUGAUAAAGUUAUCCCAGCGGAAAUUCCAGAUGAAGAAAUCGACCCACAAUUGUUCGACGUUGUAACAAAAAACAGGAUCCACGGCCCUUGCGGCGCUAUUAAUCCAACGGCACCAUGCAUGAUUGACAAUAAGUGUUCAAAGCGCUAUCCUAGAGCUUUAGUUGAUGAUACAAUCACUGGAAAUGACGGAUAUCCAUUAUGUCGACGUCGAUCCGCUGAAGAUGGCGGUAAUUCAACGGUCAUAAAAGUUCGGAAUCAAGACGUUGAUGUUGAUAAUCGUUGGGUCGUGCCGUAUUCACCAUUGUUGUCAAAAAUUUUCGAGGCGCACAUCAAUGUAGAAUAUUGCAACUCUGUCAAAUCGAUCAAAUACAUCUGCAAAUACGUAAAUAAGGGAAGUGAUAUGGCAGUUUUCGGAGUGGCUGAUUAUCAGAGCAUCGAUGAAAUUCAGCAAUACCAAAUGGGCCGUUAUAUAAGCAGCAACGAAGCGUUCAUCUCGAAAAUGGUCAACGCGUUUAUUUCACCGGGCCAACACUAA